UACUUCCGGGACACGUCGGGUUGAUUUGUUCCGUGUCUGAGUGAAGUCGGGUUUGUUCAGGAUAAGAAGUCUUGCCGUAUUUCUAGUUAUCAGUUUAAGUAUUACAAUUUUUAAAAUGGAGACCAUGUACAGAAUUCCCUUCACGGUGCUAGAAUGCCCCAAUAUAAAACUGAAAAAGCCGUCUUGGCUCCACAUGCCUUCAGCAAUGACUGUUUAUGCUUUAGUUAUUGUCUCGUACUUUCUCAUCACGGGGGGAAUCAUUUACGAUGUAAUUGUGGAACCCCCAAGUGUUGGCUCUAUGACUGACGAGCAUGGUCACCAGAGACCCGUAGCCUUUUUGGCUUACAGAGUGAAUGGACAGUACAUCAUGGAAGGCCUUGCUUCCAGUUUUCUAUUCACAAUGGGGGGGCUUGGGUUUAUAAUACUGGACCGUUCCAAUGCUCCAAACAUUCCAAAGCUAAACAGAUUCCUGCUUCUGUUCAUUGGAUUCGUCAGUGUCUUGCUCAGUUUUUUCAUGGCCAGAGUAUUUAUGAGGAUGAAGCUGCCGGGAUACCUUAUGGGUUAAAGACCCUCUCCUGAAAAUUAACACAAACGUCAUUUUUGGAAGUAUGUGAAUCGUGCAGAAGAGAUUUUGGAGGCAGCAGAAAUAACUGUGGGAUACCUGUAGAAAACACAUGCAGUUCCCUUUAUUUCAGGGGUGUAGAAAUAAACUUAAGAAAUCAGUUAUAGAUUAGACCCGAAAGAGACCCACCCAAAAUAUAUAAAUGUUAUGUUAACUUAGGUACUCAGAAUUUAGUGCUAAACAAAGUGCCUAAUGUACAAGCUGUAAAAUUGUCUUUUGGUAAUAGGUGAAAUCAACAAAAAUGAUCAACCAAGUUAUCUAGAGGCCUAGUUACUAAAAGUGAGAGCGCUGAACACUUGUGUUGUAAAAGUAUAUCAUCUUAAAGUAUUACCUUGAAUAUUAUUGGCUGUAAAAGCUAUUGAGCCACAAUUUAAACAGUUGAUUUGGGCAGUUUUAUUUAAAAUAAGUUUAUGUAAAUUCUACACUCUUGAAAUAGUCAAGAUUUUGCCUAAAUAUAGUGUACUGUAAAGGUUUCUCUUUUUUUGUACAGAAAUAAAGUCAUUUGUACUUUCAA